UUGUUCUACAUUUCAGCACAUUCAGUGGCCUCAUCGGGCGAUGCUCAUUCGGCGUUAUCACAUUCGUUUGAAUGGCCCGAAAUAGAUGGAAUCUCAGCAGGACGAGCAGCCGCCUUGGGGGCUCUCUGUCGAAUUAUUUGCUCGAAGACAAGCAAAGAGAGCAUAUCGGAUUCGCAUCUGGCGCAGUUUUAUAAAGUUUUGUAUGAAGCAUUGCUUGAGAAGGAUCGUCUGAUGCUAUGCGCACUGAUCUUCUAUGGAAAUGGCAUUUUUCGCCUGGCUCUUAAAGGUGUUGAAAUACUUCUGCCACAGUUUGUCCGCGCCAUUGAGACAGUUUACACGGAAUCCGUCAAAAUAAGGCUUCAUCCAUCAAUAGAUGAAGUACAGAUGCGUCGUUCUUGUCUCCAUGCCUUAUCAACCGUUAUCAGUUGGCCCACGACAUUUGGCGACGUGCCAAUUGGAGGCUAG